UCGAGAUUGCUUGCCCAGCUCAGACGGCGCGGGGCUCAAGUCGUUAGUGUCGUGUGGAUGUCCACACGGAACGGUUCGCGUAGAGUACGUUGUGGUCAACGGCGUUGAGUUCGAGUUGUGGUCAACGGCGGCAGGUGUUUGUACGGCUCACCAGAGGGAAUGAAAGUGGUACUGUGUGUCAAAGUUACUUAAGUCUGUUCAAGCUCGCUGAACCCGCGGUGAAGGAGGUCCCCGUCCAAAGACCAAUUACCAAGAGAUUCCACGAUACAACCAAAUUGGUCAAAACAGUGAGUUCCAGCAGUGUAGCACACUCGACAGUGGCAGUGGAGUUCUCUGGACCAUGUCCACAAACGUCACGUCACAGUGUUGAUGGAGAAUCGGAAAGUGGUGGUGCUCGUUGAUCAGCAGCAGCAGCAACAGUGAAGGUUCCCGGCUUAGUGCAGUGAUAAUGUUGCCACUCGUGUACAGUGCUGAAUACCAAAGAUAACCCUAAACGCGUUGGAAGAGCUCCGCGCGUAAUACUAGUGAUCGCGAUAAUCGGUGUCGUGACUAACAGCUGCGCAAGAUUAGAAACCUGCCGUCGCGCCAAGGUUUCGACUUAGAGGUGUGUUAGUGUCAAACUGCGGCAGCAACAACAAUAACAAACAAACCCGUCCACAUGUCAACAGAUGGCGUACCUGUCGGAUGUUGACCUUGCGACGCUGCAUCGAUCACGACUCGAAGAGCGUGUCCACUACAAGCUAUCCACCUGGUGGAACCACCGAUCGGCCACCGUCGAUAGCGGUCUCGGUCAAGCGGCCAAAGUCACCCCGACAAGUUCCCGUUCCACCACCAACAUGGAUGACAUAAUCAACAACAACAACCGCAAACAACAACAAUCGCAGCAACCCGCGUUCAGUACCUGUAACCAGAGCAACACCUCGACGACGUCAACGGCUCAAGUGACGUCACCGACCGCGUCGGGAGGUCACCACCGGGCCGGGGCUGGCCGGCACCAGUCGAACGUACAUGUGAUAAAACAGCGGCGUAGCCGAAACAGCAACAGUUGCUCGAGCAGCGGUUCCACGAGUACCUGCGAGGGACGGGCUGGCGGCGGCAACUUCAAGCACGUCGAGUGGAGUGACGACGAUUACCUCAACGACGAUGGGUACUUUUCGUCGGAAACGCGCCGUCGGAGGUCGGGAACGUGGCCGCGAACGCGAAGUUUGAACGCGCCAUCCCCAUUCCAACAGUUUGGACCAUGUGGUCGGAUUAUGAAAAAUUCAGCCAUGGUGAUGCAAAUUCAAGACCCCGCCAGUCAGCGACUGACCUGGUACAAGCCUCCGCUGGCGGUGCUGGUGAUAAAGAAGGUUCGUGACUCGAAGGUGCUGCUGCCGUUCGUGAAGCUCGUCGAGUGGCUCAUCCAGGAGAAGCACAUGGUCGUGUGGGUGGAGGGUGCGAUUCUGGACGAUCCGCUGCUGACCGGGGACAAGCGGUUCACCAAGAUUCAGGACAAGCUGAUUACGUUCAAAGAUGGUCGGGACGACCUGACGGACAAGAUCGAUUUCAUUAUCUGUCUGGGCGGUGAUGGCACGCUGCUGUACGCCUCACUGCUGUUCCAAAAGUCCGUCCCACCGGUGAUGGCGUUCCAUCUGGGGUCGCUCGGUUUCCUGACGCCGUUUCAGUUUGACAACUUCCAGGAGCAGGUCACGAACGUGCUCGAAGGCCACGCCGCACUCACGUUACGUAGCCGGCUGCGGUGCAUCAUCGUUCGGAAGGACAAAACCGAACAGGAAAUUUCCACCUUCAAAUCGUCCCAGGAUCCGACGACCAACAUUUUGGUCCUCAACGAGGUCGUCAUCGAUCGGGGCAUGUCGUCGUACCUGACCAACAUCGAUCUGUUUCUGGACGGGAAGCACAUCACGUCGGUGCAGGGCGAUGGGUUGAUCGUGUCCACGCCCACCGGUAGUACGGCCUACUCGGCGGCGGCCGGAGCGUCGAUGAUUCAUCCGUCGGUGCCGGCCAUUCUGGUAUCGCCGAUCUGUCCGCAUUCGCUCAGCUUCCGGCCGAUCGUGCUGCCGGCGGGGGUGGAGUUGAAGAUUGCCCUCUCGCCCGAUAGUCGCAACAGUUCGUGGGUUUCGUUUGACGGCAGGAACCGUCAGGAGUUGUUGCAUGGUGAUAGCCUCCACGUGACGACGUCCAUCUACCCGGUGCCGAGCAUAUGCGCCCAGGACCAGAUCGCCGACUGGUUCGAUUCGCUGGCCGAGUGUCUGCACUGGAACGUGCGCAAGCGGCAAAAGUGCUUGGACGAGCUGUCCGACCUUACGGGGUCCGGGACCGAGGACAGCGCCAUCGAGGAGAUCGAACGGGGCAUGGAGAAUCUGGAGAGCUAGAGGAAAAGAAGCAUAAAAGUGGAAGAUCGCUUUCAGUUACCAAUUUAAACAAGCGAGAUAAAGAAAAUGGAAAGGUCGUCCCCGCAAUCAAUAAAAGAGCCUCCGAGUUUUUUUUUCUUCUUCUUGCAAACAAUAUUUUGCUUAAUUGUAAUAUUUCAAAACUAGGUAAAGACUGUGAAGAGACUAGGGAAGUGAGAGAGUUGCGUUCAGAGUGUGCGAGAUUUGCAGAAUCUAAGGUGUAAGGACAGGCUAAUUGUAUUUUUAGUCUUUAGGGAAUCGUACUAUUUAGGAAACCCCCAUUUCAUUGUGUUGUUACACCCACCCACACACACAAACACACAUUGCUUCGAGUUUGUGGCAAUUUGAUUCUGAUGUUAGGUUUUUGUUUUUUUCCGCAGAAACAGUGCUAGUGAUUUGUUGUUCAUUCCGAUUAUGGGAGCCAAGCGAUUAUUAGUUGUGUGUGUGUGUGGUGUGCGCGUUAGCGCGAUUUAUACAAAUAGGCAAGUUUCGUUCAAUGUUCAAGUUUGAUGUAGACAAAACAAAACACAACACAAACCACCCCGCGCGCAAUAAAAUGUUUAAAAAAAGCUGCAAGGAGUGAACGUGCUGCGAGAGGCGACAGUUUAGAGUUAGGAACUUUUUUUCUUUUUCGUUUUUGCUGUAUUUUAAGCAUAGAUUUUACGUUUUUACGCAUGAUAAUUAUUGAACACAGUUGAAGCAGCUGCGGCAGUGUAAGAUUUCGCGUUUGGAACAAGAAGCAAAACUUGGCAAAUAAAAAAA